AUGGUGUUUGACAUGGUACCCAGGAAGGAAAAAAACUUGUGUGGGCGGAGGAAAAGCCUAGUAUUUUGUCCGUCCUGAAAUUUGAUUCAGAAGUUCAGGAUCCUGGAAGACAAAAAGCAAACGGAGGGGGAGGGAAGAAAGGCAGAGAAGGACGGAGGUUUUUUUAACUGCGAGAAGAGUAAACUCACCAAAUAAUCUGCAACCUCCGACUAAAAUCACCCUAUCUGCUAUAUGUGAAAGGGCCCCAAGAUAAAUCUGAGGGGUCACCAGAUGAUUAAAGGGAUCAAGAAAAAAACAUCUAUUACAAAAACAUAUUUAUUUUUUCUAAUUUAGCUAUUUUCUUGUGAAAUACUUACUUUCACUUCUCUAGGCCUAUAUAAAAAGAUUUAUACUUAAAUAGUUAAACAUUGGAUAUAUUCACCUUCCUCAGGCCUCUAAAAAUAUGCAAAAUAAGUGAAACACUGGAUAUUUUUCCUUCUUUAUGGUUCAACAAAACCUUAAAAUAAGUGAAAUACAAGCAUCAACAAGUAUCUCAUGUUUGAGUCUUGGCUUCAAAGCAGGAAACUGUUCUACCUUCAGCCCAUGUUGUAUACAGGCAAAGCUUUUUAUUUAACGCUGAUUCAUUUAGGAGUUUGAUACAUUUUGUUAAUGAAAUAGUUCAACAUUUUGGGAAAUGUGCUUAUUCACUUUCUUGCUAAAAGUAAGACGAGAAGAUUGAUACCACUCUCAUGUGUGUCCAUUAAAUAUGAAGCUGGAGCCAGGACACAGUUAGCUUAGCUUAGCAUAAAGACCUGAAACAGCUAGCCUGGCUCUGUCCAAAGAUAUCAGUAUCCUACAGCACCACUAAAGUUCACUAAGCAACUCAUUAGAUCUAAUUUGUUUAAUCCGUACAAAAUAGAAGCUUAAAAUGAUUUUUUGACCUUUGGAGCCAGGCUAGCUGUUUCCCUGUGUUUCCAGUCUUAAUGCUAAGCUAAGCUAGCCUAGCCGGCUGUUCGCUAUAGCUUCAUAUUUAAUGGACAGAUAUGAGAGUGGUAUCAAUCAGCAAGGAAGCUGAAAUCAAACUACUCCUUUAAAUGAAAAGAAAAAAAACUCAAAACAGGUUUAUAUUCCUCAAACUUCAGCAUUUUACAGACACUGGUAUUGUUAUCUAACCCUCGCUCUCCAAUACUUGAGUCACAUUUAAGUAUAGUGAGUCUAAACAUAUUGGAAUCAGCCUGGAAAAUACCCACCAUGAAUAAGUUUUUAAAUGUGGAACAUAAAGUAAAAUACAGAGGACAUGACCUCCGUGUCUUGGCUGCAUGAUCAAAUGUUGUAGUUUUAUAUGUGCAGUGUCUUCUGGAUACAGGAAUAGAAAUAUGUAUUCUAUGUGGUGUGCUCCGGUCAUUUAUAAGCUCUACAGAAAAUGUAUUUAAUGUCAUUUGGACUUUCUGCAGUAGACUGUUACAGCUGUAGUCUGGGUUAAUCUGUCCUAUCGCAUGUUAUUCCUAAAAAUCAGAUUAUAAUUUUCACAUUUUGUGAGAAAAGGUCUCAAGAAAACGAAAAACAAUUCAAACUUGCAGAGGCAGCGUUACCUUGCAGAGGAAGAUAAACUUCCUGUCAGUGAUGACUAUUGUACAGACACAAACUCAUAACACUGAUUUCCUUAAAUCCCAAAAAAGCCUCUUUCCUCACAUAACACAACCAGUUAGACAUCACUCCACAUAAAGUCCCAAUAAAGUUUUGCCUAAUUUGGAGGGUAAAUGCUAUCAUUGUCAAUAAAAAGUGGUAAAGCGGUACCUUUGAAACCGAAGGUACAAAGUGCUUUACAGGUAGAAUAAAAGUGGGAUGAAGGAGAUAAAAGAAACAGAAGACAAUAUAUAAAAACAAUAAAAAUUAAGUACAACUCACAACAACUCUUCUUAGAUUUCUCCGACUCCAACUUCAGUAGUUGCUCCGUGAUUUUGGGGGAAUCAGGAUUUGAAUAACUUUUCAUUUUGGUUCAAAACAGUUUUCCAAAGCGUUUUUAAUGACCUUAAAUGUUCUGUCACGGUUUGAUGAUGAUGUGGUUUCUUUCUGCACAUUUUCACAAGUGCCACCAGAUGCUUGAAAGAAAGUGAAUAAAUGACUCUAUUUAAUAAAAAGUAAAGAUGAAACAAGGUGGGUUUUACAGUACAGUUGUGUACUGAUUUGGCUUCUCUGACACGUGGAGGUGGUUUUACUGCCCCAUGUGUCCCUGGUUUGGUGUUUUUUACUGGUCUUUGUCUGGACCUCCUCCUGCUCCUCUCAGGCUGUGUGACUAUGAGCACCUCGGGGCUUCAGGCCACUAACCGGCAGAAUGUGAAGGAGCUCGACAGCAUGAAGGAGUCCAUCAGUGAUAUCAUCAACCAGCUCCAGGACAUCGACCCGACCAGGCUCUCCUUCUCCCCCUUCUUGGACCUGGACACUCAGAUCUCCUUGGCGCCGGUGUCAGACAGCCCCGAGUCCUCGGUGGAGGAGCUACACUCGUCCUCCCACUCCGUCUCCGGCUCCCAGCGCUCCCUUGAACCGCCACCAGCAACCAAUCAGCCGAGGAGCUCUGGUCCCUGCCCCCAGCAGCCCGGCAACGACCUCCCAGCGGAGCCACGAGCAGAUCCGACAGAGGAGGGGGAACUGGAUCAAACUCUUUCCAGUCCGAUCAUCACAGAGCUCAAUUUGGAGGCUGCCACGGAAAACUGCAUCAGCUGUCCAACCCCAGCCUCUCAGGGAGACAUUCCCAACGGCACAGACACACCGAGAUGGAGUCCAGAAUCCACCAAUCUGGACUGCACUGUGGACGAGGGUCGACCUCUGAUAGGCCCGCCGCCAGAGAGCGUGGAGCUGACUGUGUGGAGCUCAGGGGGGCGGGGAGAGACUUGUGAGGCCGCGGAGGAGGCUUCGGAUUGGGGACGAUGCUGCUGCCGCUGCUGCCAGUGUAAAUGCUGUCAGAGCGGCCGGGUUCCUGCCUUCUCCUCAGUCCUGGCCUCUCUUCUGUGUGCAGCCGGGAUCCUCUAUGCACUCUAUUUCUAUGUCCCCAUUAAACCCCCCGACUGCCCCGACAUAGCCAGCCGCAUCGUUUUCACCUUCUGCUGCUGUGUGAUGGCGGCCGUCCCCAUCCUGCUCGCGAUGCUCAUGGGUGCAGCCUGCCAGUUCUGCACAGGCUCCUUCAAUCUGCAGGAGUCGUUUCCCAGAAGACGGGCGGUUCAUCAGUUGUUUGUCACGGCGUCCUUGGAGCAGUUACUCCUCUACGUCCUCAACCUCGUCGUUAUGGCCACUUUACUGCCUCAAGACCAGCUAAAGUUGGUGCCCAUACUGGUCGCCAUGUUCAUCUUAGGAAGGCUUGUUUACUGGGUCAGCCUGAACGUGUGCAGCUCCUGGCGAGGCUUCGGCUCCGGCCUGACUGUCUUCCCGCUCCUCGCCAUGGUGGCUCUCAAUCUGUUCCUCAUGUACACCCUGAAUCUCAAAGAGCCACUUUUUGGCUCUCAGGACGUCCUCUAUAAUCAGGUCACCCCCUCUUCCUGGUCAGGGGAGACAUCACAGAGCCCGAGUGGCAAACCAGACAUCCUACCCACAGACAUCCUGGACGCUCAGUGAGUAGGCGAGGUGCACUUUCUUCUUUCAGAGAAGGAGAUCUUUCCAAAAAUAGGCCAUUCCUGUGGUCUGCAGCUCAGCACAGCAACACACGCUGCAACUAUAACCUCCAAGUCUGUGACAGCUUAACUUGUAUUUUUGCUCCUCCUAUACAGGACUUUUUUAAUGUGGAUUCAUGCUUAUUAUCUGAAAUGCAAGAGCUCUUUCCCUGCUAGUGGCGGAGGAAGCCUUUGAACAAUGCCGUAGUCUUAAAACAUUUGUCCUUUUAAGCUAUUCCAGUGCCUAUAUUUAAUGAUUUGAAGUCUAAGUACUUAAAAGCUCCGCUAUAUAUGUGGCUGAAUAUGGUUUGAUCUUAGAAAACCACGAGACAAGCAACUUCAGUUGUCAGACUUUAUUAUUAUUUCAACUGUCCAAAAGUUUGUACAUGAUGAAGACAGAAUAAAAGCCAUCUUUUCCA